GGCUGCAGGUGCGGCGCCAGCCUGGCUGGCCUACCACAAUCCAUAGUUUCGUUCCCCUCUCUCUCUCUCCUCCUUCCGAACCCUCCAGGCCCCAAACCCCAAUCUCCGCUAGGGUUAGGGUAUUUCCAUGGCCGGCGCCGGCAUCCACCCGUUCCAGUGGCCACCCGCAGCGGCCGCGCCGCCCCCGCCGGGGGCGGCGGCCUCGGUCGCCGUCCCGCCGCCUCCCCCCGUGCCCGGCGCGCCGGGCACCGUUGCCGCCGACGAGGUCCGCACCAUCUUCAUCACGGGGCUCCCUGCCGACGUCAAGGAAAGGGAGCUGCACAACCUGCUGCGCUGGCUCCCGGGAUUCGAGGCCUCCCAGAUCAACUUCAAGGGCGACCAGCCCAUGGGCUUCGCGCUCUUCUCCUCCGCGCACCAGGCCAUCGCUGCCAAGGCCGCGCUCCAGGAUAUGGUGUUCGAUGCUGAGACCCAGGUGGCGCUGCACACCGAGAUGGCUAAGAAGAACCUCUUCGUCAAGAGAGGUGUGGGAAUUGAUGCAAAUGCUGUGGAUCAAAGUAAACGGUUGCGAACAGGUGGAGAUUAUACUCAUUCUCCUUAUGCUCCUCCAUUUCAUCCACCUCCACCAGCUGUUUCCAUGUGGGGAACCCCAGGAUAUAUCACAGCGCCGCCUCCUUACAAUCCCUAUGCUGCCUAUCCAGUGCCCCCUGUAGCUAUGACUUCACCUUCUCCUGUUACUGGUCCAACUGCCUAUGCUCCUGUGCAGAACACAAAGGAUAAUCCUCCCUGCAAUACCCUUUUCAUUGGCAAUCUCGGUGAUACUGUAGUCGAAGAGGAAUUGCGAAGCCUUUUCAGUGUGCAACCUGGAUACAAACAAAUGAAAGUAUUACGUCAAGAUAGGAACACUGUUUGCUUUAUUGAAUUUGAGGAUGUGAAUGCUGCUACAUCUGUACACCAAACUCUGCAGGGUGCUGUUAUUCCUAGUUCUGGUCGUGGUGGAAUGCGAAUUCAGUUUUCUAAGAAUCCCUUUGGGCGAAGGAAGGAUUCAGCUGGUGGCCUUGCGAGCGUUCUGAAUGGAGCUCCUGUGAACUGAUUGCAGCCUGAGGGGGGAUGUAUCUUGAACUUUAGCAUGUCAUCAUGGAUUUCAUACUACCACAUCUAAUUUAUGAUCUGCAUACUUCUGCUGAAUGCGCUCUCUCUCAUGUGACAUCUUCAUUUGAUGGAGCAUCUGGGACAUGAUCAUCAUCUAUCAUCAUCUUUAUUAGGUGGAGGUUCUGGGGCAUGAUCAUCAUCUGGUAGACAUUGCAUUGUCACCAAAACAUGCUGGUGUUACUUUUUUUUAAUCUUUGUAGCUUGUGAAGGCCAUCCUAGAUGUCUUGUAGAUGUGCAUUUGGCAUUUGUCAUGGACAUUACUCUUUGUAGUACUAUUAUUAUGUAUUUCCCUAUGUGUAGUUGCAACAUUUUGUGUGUCCAUUGUAAUGGUUAAACUAAAGUGGUUUCUCUGGUUUGCUAACAAUUUGGGAAUCUUAGCUGAUUCAUUCCAUCAUGUCAUGGCAUUUUUCGAGGAAAGUUUGUAGACAUGGCAUGGCAAUAUGGCAUACUUCAUUCCAUGCAUGCUGGAGCAUUGCCUUCAUCCGCAAGAAGCAUGUAAUCAUCGGUUGACUAACAACGAUAAUUUGUUCUUUAAUGUUUUUCGUCCAGGCUGAGAGGCUAACAGUGAUUGUAAAAUUGCAAAAAUGGCGCAAGCCGUUUCGUUCUUUUACUGCAGUGUGGAACACCAAAUCGUUGCUGCAGUCCUUUUGGCAGCCUUUUUGUUCUUUUCCUGCGGCACAUGGUGGAAUGCUAAGGCGUGACUGUGGUCCUAAGAACCUAUGGAUCUGCUGAGGUCUUUUUUGUUUAGAGAAGGUCCUUUUGGUUAGAGAAGCUUAGUGAUGCUAAUCUGACCAGUGCAUUGAGCUGGGAAGCUGGGAAGUUUCAUGACUGAAAGUUCUUCUGCAUCUGCUGUCUCUAGUCCAAAGUUCUUUUGCAUCAGCUGAUUGUGUUUCAUUUUCUUGAACUUUAAUGUGGAAUCAAGCUUUCUGUUUAGAUCAAUAAAUUUGUGUCUAUAUGUUAGUAUAC